UCACCAGCCACGGAGCAUGCAGAACGAGACGCGGUGCUGCGCCGACACAAAGGGAGAGGGCAGACUGGCAGUAUCCCAGCCUGUGUUAGAAUAAAGCGCGUGUUUUUGUGGAUAAUAAUCACGUCACACAUCAUCGCAAACUGUCUGCGCUCUAGCAUGAGUUCAGCAGCAUCUCUGGGCUAAUCGGACUUGCAGCCUACUUGCAAAGCGCAAGUUCGCUGGCACUUUCUCGUGGAAGAGAAGCGCACAGGAAGCAACGAUGGAGAGGAGCAUCCCGGGAUGGUGCGUGCUGUUAACCCUCGUCCUGCACGGAACGGGCUGCAUGGCUGCCAAAGAGCUCCAGUGCCAGGAGAUCUCCGUGCCUCUGUGCAAAGGAAUCGGCUACAAUUACACCUACAUGCCCAACCAGUUCAACCACGACACGCAAGACGAAGCCGGCCUGGAGGUGCACCAGUUUUGGCCGCUGGUGGAGAUAAAGUGCUCCCCGGACCUGCGGUUCUUCCUCUGCAGUAUGUACACGCCGAUCUGCCUGGAGGACUACAAGAAGCCCCUGCCGCCGUGCAGGAGCGUAUGUGAGCGGGCCAAAGCCGGCUGCGCUCCGCUCAUGAGGCAGUACGGCUUCCCAUGGCCAGACCGUAUGAGGUGCGAUCUCCUGCCAGAGCAAGGCAACCAGGACACGCUGUGCAUGGACUACAACAGGAGCCAGACCACCACGGUUUCUCCCGUGGUGGCGAAGCCGACCAACCGGCCCCUGAAGCCCUACAACCCCAGGAAGAAGAGCGGCUACGGUCGCGGCGUCCCUGGGAAACACAAACCAGCAACGUCCCCGUGUGAGCCGGGCUGCUUCUGCCGUGCGCCCAUGGUGCCAGUGACCAGCGACGGCCACCCGCUGCACAACCGCGUCAAGACGGGACAGAUCAUGAACUGCGCCAUGCCGUGCCACAACCCCUACUUCACCCAGGAAGAGAGGACUUUUACCGCCUUCUGGAUUGGCCUGUGGUCCGUCCUGUGCUUCAUCUCCACGUUUGCAACCGUGGCGACUUUUUUGAUCGACAUGGAGAGGUUUAAGUACCCAGAGCGCCCCAUCAUAUUCCUCUCCGCCUGCUACAUGUUCGUGUCCAUUGGAUACAUCGUCAGACUGAUCGCCGGACACGAGGAAGUGGCCUGCAGCAGGGACAACGGCGCUGAACACAUCCACUAUGAAACCACAGGUCCUGCGCUCUGCACCAUCGUCUUCCUGCUCAUUUACUUCUUCGGCAUGGCCAGCUCGAUCUGGUGGGUGAUUCUGUCCCUCACCUGGUUUCUCGCCGCAGGUAUGAAGUGGGGGAACGAGGCCAUCGCCAGUUACGCACAGUACUUUCAUUUGGCCGCCUGGCUCAUCCCCAGCAUGAAAUCCAUAGCAGUUUUAGCUCUGAGCUCUGUGGACGGAGACUCUGUGGCUGGGAUUUGCUACGUUGGCAACCAGAAUUUGGACAACCUGCGGGGGUUUGUGCUGGCACCGCUGGUUAUCUACCUGUUCAUCGGCACCAUGUUUCUGCUGGCCGGGUUCGUCUCGCUGUUCAGGAUCAGGAGUGUCAUCAAGCAAGGUGGCACCAAGACUGAUAAACUGGAGAGGCUGAUGAUCCGGAUAGGGGUUUUCACGGUUUUGUACACCGUCCCAGCCACUGUCAUAGUGGCGUGUUACUUUUACGAGCAGCAUAACAGACAGACGUGGGAAAUUACGCACAAUUGUACGUGUCUGACGGACCCAAGCAGGCAACGGCCGGACUAUGCUGUGUUCAUGUUGAAGUACUUCAUGUGCCUCCUGGUGGGAAUCACUUCAGGAGCCUGGAUCUGGUCCGGGAAAACCUUGGACUCCUGGAGGACUUUUUGCACGCGGUGCUGCUGGGGGAGUAAAGCCUCCGCGGGCUCCAUGUACAGUGACGUGAGCACGGGACUCACCUGGAGGUCCGGGACGGCCAGCUCCGUCUCAUGCCCCAAACAGAUGCCACUGUCCCGGGUUUGAACAGGGGGGUGUGGAGGGUGGGGGGUGGGGGGGUCUGCUCAGAUGCAUCUUAUGUCAUUUGACACUAAAGACUUCAAACCAGCGCAUAUCAGCUCUUCACGGGGACAACGUGGCGUGAAAGACUGCUUUUAAAUGUUUUAUACGGUUCAUUUAGUAAAUGCUUCAAGGUGAGUCACCAAACUGAGUGCACACAUGAAACUUUUGGUCAUGAGCACCCCCCUAAUGGGAACUCUUAAAAAAAUGAAAUUUGAAAAAGCUGGAAGAUCACUUCCUUCCUUGCCUUAUCCAAAUGACGUCCACGGGUUUGAAUGGAGGGGAGGGAGGAGGGGGAGAAGGAGGGGGGGGGGACUAAUUGUGUUGGGAUUGUCCAUCAGCGUGUUGUAAUUAGCACAUUAAUGAGCGCCUAAUGGCUUCUCUUUAAAUAAUGAGACUGUCAGCAGCAGAACAAUGCACCUGGCACGAAGAAUGCGGAGUCUUAUCUGGGCUUAAUUGAAUGCGUACAGCUGACAAGAUCCCCCCGGUCGAUACAGGUUACACGGUGCAGCUGAGGCUCUUCCUCCAGCAGAGAGCCGCCGUGUCUUGAACACGUCCACAAUGAGACUGCUGUGCGCCGGACUCUUUUCUCUCUGUCUCCACCGGACGCAUUUACACGUACAUUAAUCAAUGCCUUAAUACUGUCUCAUACGGGUUGCAUUAGCGCGUAAAAUGUAUUUAUAUAAUUAUUGGUGUACAUAUAUUGUAUAUUUGUAUAUGAAAAUCUAAAGGAUUGUAAAUAUGUAUAAUUUCCACUUUGAUAGAAGAUUUUAUUUUGAGAAUAAAACAAGUUUUAUUGAAAGUUUCCACGUGCGUCCUGGUCAUUUUGGACACUGAACAGAGGUUUUAAAGCUGCUGUGACCCGCGCUGUCAAAAGUGUGUGUGG